AAACCCACAUCUCAGUCCAACAAAGGCAUGGACACAACUCGUUCCGUUCUCUAUUUCAGUUCGAUCAUGAUGCAUCCCAUUAUGUUUCUUGGACUUCUGAUUUUAGCAUGCUUGAGUGGUUCUCAAGCUAAAACUACCUUCUCACAAUACUGGGAAGAACAUAUUGGUCUUUCACACCCUCCACAUUGGUUAACUGCAAAGGUUUCUCCGUUAAGACCCCAUCAGGUGACAGUGUUUAUAAAGCUUAUAGAAGAAAAUGAAUUGGCUCCCUUCCUACCUUUGUUCUGUAAGCAAGCUAACAUCGCUUGUUCUACAAAUGCACUGGUGAAGAGGAGAACAAACAACACAAUCCUAAAACCAAUGGCCCAGUGGAUUGCUGCCAUACAAAAAUAUGAGCUUCCAUGGCCAAAUGAAUCACCCUUGUCGAUUUCCAGCCAAGGGGGUUUGCCAUUUUUUCGGAAGUCAAUGGUUAAAGAGGGAGGUUUAUUGUCUAUCCCUGAUCUAAGGGACCCAAUGUCAUAUAAAUCAUUCUUGCCACGAUCUUUGGCAUCAAAAAUCCCAUUUUCCUUUCCCCUGAUUGAGGAAUUGAAGAAGCUUUUUCGUGUGGUAGAUGAAUCAAAUAUGGAUGAGUAUAUUCAAUACACCAUUGAGAUUUGUGAGAAGAGCCUUAUCCAUGGGGAACCAAGCACAUGUGCUACUUCUGCUGAGGAUCUCAUUGAUUUUAUUGUUGAGAAAUUAGGGCACCAUGUAGAUAUAUGGAGUACUGAAAGCAUCGAGGGAUCUUAUGAGAAUGUAACAAUUGGAGCUGUGAAACUCAUCCAUGGAAACCUCUCUGACCCACCAGCCUUAUGUCAUAGUCAACCAUUUCCAUUUCAGGUCUAUUAUUGCCAUGUUUUGCUGAAAGUAAAAGUAUAUGGAGUUGAUAUACAUGCUCAGAAGAAAGUGAAUCAUGCAGUCAUGGCAUGUCAUUAUGACACAUCAAUUUGGAGCCCAAACCAUCUUGCUUUUAAGCUGUUGGGGUUUGGACCAGGUCAGAUUGAAGUUUGUCAUUGGAUAAACGAGAAUGGAGUGGUCUGGACAAAGUCUCUAGGUUGAGCAGCAUUUGAAGAUUUGAUUAUCUUCGAGCUCUCUUUGUGUUACAAGUUACUAUUAAUGCUAUUUGAAAGAUAAAUAAUUAAUUAUUUAU